GGGGGCGCUGCGCUCUCCUCCGGGGUGAAGCUCGCUGCGGUCCCUGCUCCUCAGUGCGGCGGCGAUGUCGGAGCCGGGGCACCUGGGGGUGAAGCGGGCCGAGUCGGCGCGGCUGCGGCGGGCCGAGCAGCUGCGGCGCUGGAAGGGCUCGCUGACCGAGCUGGAGCCGGUGGCGCCGGUGGGCGCCCGGGGCCGGCACCGCGGCGGGGGGGCCCCCCGCGUCCGCUUCGAAGAGGGCGCCGUGUUCCUGGCCGCCUGCUCCAGCGGGGACGCCGAGGAGGUGAAGCGUCUGCUGGCCCGCGGCGCCCGCAUCAACACGGCCAACGUGGACGGGCUGACAGCGCUGCACCAGGCCUGUAUAGACGAGAACCUGGACAUGGUGAAGUUCCUGGUAGAAAAUGGAGCCAGUGUAAACCAGCAGGAUAAUGAGGGCUGGACCCCCCUUCAUGCUGUGGCAUCCUGUGGCUAUCUGAACAUAGCAGAAUACUUGCUCAGCCAUGGAGCCAACGUGGCUGCUGUGAACAGUGAAGGUGAAGUCCCAUCUGACCUUGCAGAGGAAGCAGCCAUGAAGGACCUGCUUCUGGAACAAGUAAAGAAACAAGGGGUGGACCUGGACUUGGCAAGGAAAGAGGAAGAGCAACAGAUGCAGCAGGAUGCACGGCAGUGGCUGAACAGUGGGAAGCUUGAGGAUAUAAAGCAACCUCGGUCAGGUGCUACUGCUCUGCAUGUAGCUGCAGCCAAGGGCUACUCUGAAGUCAUGAGGCUCUUGAUCCAAGCUGGGUUUAAUUUGAAUGUCCAGGACAACGAUGGCUGGACUCCACUCCAUGCUGCUGCACACUGGGGAGUGAAAGAAGCUUGCACUAUCUUGGCUGAAGCGCUCUGUGACAUGGACAUCAGGAACAAGCUGGGCCAGACACCAUUUGAUGUGGCUGAUGAGGGACUGGUUGAGCACUUGGAGAUGCUGCAGAAAAAACAGAAUGUGCUGCGCAGUGAGAAGGAGACGAGAAACAAGCUAAUUGAAGCUGACAUGAAUGGGAAACUGCAAAGUGGACUCUUCAAAAACAAAGAGAAGAUUCUUUAUGAAGAAGACACUCUGAAGUCCCGGGAACCAGAAGAGGAGAACAAGGAAUCGAGCAGUUCCAGCUCUGAGGAAGAGGAGGAAGCCGAAGAGGAUGAGGCGUCAGAAUCAGAUGCUGAAAAGGAGGCAGAGAGAAAGAAAGAGUCCUUUGCCAACCAUUCUGGUCAUGAACCCAGGACUAGCGUCACUGAGCAAAUACCACCACCAGAGCAUAACUCCUUCACUGCAGCUCCUGGCAGAAAAUUCACCAGUUUGCUCAACAAAUCAGAGGAGCAAAAGGAUGAAUCUCCCUCAUCUUGGAGGCUUGGUCUACGGAAAACUGGCAGCCACAAUAUGCUAAGCGAAGCUGCUUCCCGGGAGGCACUGAGAGAGAGAGGUUCCUCCAUCUACCGCUCUUCAUCGAGUCCCCGGAUUUCUGCAUUCUUAGACAACAAAGAAAAGGAUAAGGAUAGCAAAAACUACUUUGCCCCCAUAGCCCCUAGAAGACUAAGCAGUACGGGUGACAUAGAAGAAAAGGAAAACAGAGAAUCUGCUGUUAACCUGGUGAGGAGUGGCUCCUACGCCCGGCAGCCAUGGAGGGAUGAGCCAAAGGGAAACGAAGCCCCCCAGACUGGUGCACCUUCCACCUACGUAUCUACCUACCUGAAAAGUGCUUCAUUUGGUAGAAGUAGUGACCUCAACAGUCCCUACAUUUCAGCCAAUCGUAAUACAUCUGCUACCUCACCCACUACCAUUGGUUCAUCUACCUCAUUGGGCACCCAGUGGCAACCUGCCUCUUCCUGUCCUACAUCUCUUAGUGCGAACACUACUGCAUCAAUCCGCCAGUAUACCAGAGCCCCAUACCGGCAACAAACUGACUCUACUGUAGAGAAAAAUACAGAGAACAUCUCUGCUAGCACUCCACUAGGUGUAAUCACAAAUCGCACUGUACUCAGCACUGCCAAUGGUGUUACAUCUGCCAACGCCACGUCAACUACUGGAACGGACUCCUCAAAUGGAGAAGCCAGGGAGCGAAGAAGGUCGUAUCUGACUCCUGUGCGGGAUGAGGAAGCAGAGUCACUAAGGAAGGCCCGAUCCAGACAGGCCCGCCAGACUCGUAGGUCUACGCAGGGUGUAACACUCACAGACCUUCAGGAGGCAGAGCGAACUUUCAGCCGGUCUCGAGUGGAGCGGCAAGCUCAGGAACAACAAAGUGAGAAACCUGAGAGCACUGAGGACAGCAGUGAGAGACGGGAGGAGACCCGGCCCUGGUGGAAUAGAAACCAGGAUGAGGAGUCUGUCUAUCGGCGAUUAAGGUGUCCAGCACAAACAGACAAACCCACAACACCAGUAUCUCCCUCUACGUCAGCCCCUUCUCUUUACACAAGUUCUCACCUGGCCCAGACAAGUAGAUCUCUGGGCCCUGACUCUGUGAACCCAGCAGACUUCCAAAGCACAGCCACUGAGAUGGAGAAAAAUGAGUGUGAAGAUCAGGAUUUAGAUGAUAGAUCUCCAAACAAGCAGUCAAUCCGAGAGAGGCGGCGGCCAAAGGAGAGGCGAAGAGGCACUGGAAUCUCUUUCUGGACAAAAGAUGACGACGAGGUUGAUGGGAAUGAGGAAGUGAAGGAGUCUCGGCAUGAAAGACUUUCCAGGUUGGAAUCAGCAGGUACAAGCCCUACCACCAGCGACUCGUACAGCGAUCGCGCCUCCAGCCGCUCCAGCGCUUACACCAGAAGAGAGAACCGCCUGGCUUCCCUCAGCAGUAGAACAGAGGAGGAGACUAACAGGGACUAUAAAAAACUCUAUGAGGACGCGCUUUCCGAAAACCAAAAGCUGAAAUCAAAACUGCAGGAAGCCCAGCUGGAGCUCGCUGAUAUCAAAUCGAAACUGGAAAAAGCAGCCCAGCAGAAACAGGAAAAAACCUCUGACCGAUCGAGUAUGCUGGAAAUGGAGAAAAGGGGGAAACGAGCCCUCGAGCGGAGACUUUCUGAAAUGGAGGAGGAGAUGAAGGUGCCCUCCAGUAGACUGAUCCCAACCAGAGUGAAUAGAGAGGACUUGAAUCCCCUUGUAGCAGACUCUCUAGGGCUAGAGAAGCAGAACCUCCACCAGCUCAAACAGAUUCACACCCUGAGGCAGAUGAAUGAGCAGCUGUUGGCUGAAAACAGGGCCUUGACCCGGGUCGUAGCCAGGCUCUCAGCGGCCACCGAGCCCUCAGAAUCAGAAGAGCUAUAGCUUCUUCCCCUCCAGUUCACCUCGCCUCCUUCCUCUAUUCCAGGUUUUGACAGAGCUGAAGUCAGACAAUCAGAGGCUGAAAGAUGAAAAUGGAGCACUCAUCCGUGUCAUCAGCAAACUCUCCAAGUAGGGCGUCGGAAGGAAGGAAGGAGGGGGCUUCUGUGCACAAGCUGCCAACCCUGCCACCCAACCGCCUCUUGACCUCCAAUCAAAAGUACAGCAAGCCUUUCAGCCGUGGGAACAAUGCGCCUCGCACUCCCCUGUCCCGUCCCCUCAUUGUACAUUCCCUUAGCACCCCUCUGAAUGCACCCCCCAGCCAUUUUAUUAUUUUAAUUUAAGCAUGUUGUGGUAUCUUGGACAUUUUAUUCAAGGGGAAAAGAAACAUGAGAACUGGGUUUGAGCUGCCAAAACUUCCCGCCACAAACCCAGCCUUGUCCACAUUGGACUCCAGUCUGGAGCAGAGAAGCUUCUACUGUAAUAAGCGAUACAGAAAUGACUCUGUAGAAGUGAUCUGACGGGUCCAGAACCUUUGUAGCUGGGGCCGGGGGGACAUGAGCGGGAGCUGUUACACUGAGGCUGUACGUCAGCUGCCCACUUGGCGUUGGGGGUCCGGUUACAAUGUGAUGCUGUGAAAGCCACGAGGGCUUGUUUCUGUGACAGACUGUGACGACAGCUGCUUUGCACGGAGGCUCUGUUCUCCUGUCGUCCCAGUAGCUGACUCUCUAUUUAACGUACGAUUUUAAAUCUGUUUGUUAUCUUCAUUUCUGAAUCCCAGUUUCAGACCCUCCUUCCCCCCUCCCCUUUUGCCCAUGCUUCGUUUCUGCAGCUCAGGCGAUCGUGGGUCACUCUGUACUCCUUCCACAGUUGCUAUCUCAGUUACUAUCCAGGUAAUAGCAUCUGCUAAUUGCAUCUGGGCUCUUUCCUCUUGUGAUAAGAUUCAUCACUGAUAUUGGCCGGGGUCUCUGAUGAAGGAGAAACUGAAGCAGCAGAGGUCACCUGCUGCCCUCAUAUGCACAUGUAACAAAUCUGGGUGUGAAUAUCCAUGCAGGGAGGUACGCAUGCACAAGUAACCAACCCCCAUCUUCUUCCAGUAGCAACAGGACGAGCAUUUGUCUGUUAGUGUUACUUACAGGAUAGCACCCUGCAAAGUACUCGGAGCAGAUGUCUGGUGUACUUGUUUUAAUUUCCAACAAGAGCAAAAACAAAUGAAAAUACAGGUGUAUUUUGAGUUGGCUUUAUAGGGGGUGAGGGUGGAGAGGCCGUAUUUGGCUACAAAAAGGAUAGUCCGGCCUUUGAUGGCAAAUCCUGACACAGCUAAUACAGCAAGGUUGAGAAACCUUAAGCGGUGAUCAGUUGCCAGCUCCAUGUCAUUAGAGGGUGUAACUGUUUUCAUUUAAUAGUGGCCAGAAUGAGCCAGUGUGGGGUGUGUACUGGUAACCAGAUCUGUGGGGUAAACUGUCUUGAUUGCUGGAAGCUAGCAACAGGAUUUGACCUUGAUGAAAAUCUCAAAGGGCUCUUUCAUGUCCUGUGUACUUAGAACAAUUUGGAAGUGUUCACUUCCAAGGGCAUUAAGAAGGUGACUCCUCCAGAUGUUACACACGUCUCUUUCUAGCUUCCAGUGGAAGCCAGGCAUUAACUUGUUAACACAUCUGCUGAGCCUACUGUUAGAGGACUAUUUGUGGUGGGUUCGGGAAGGGACCCUCCUUGUUCAGAGAUUCCAGCGCUGGCGCAGAUGAUGUGAGUCUAGCCACUAUGUUGACAGGGACAGAUGAGUAACUUGAACAUGGAUAUUAUUUUCAUAAUUGCUCAACAGGGUAAAGUCUAACUCCGUCUUUAGCAUCUCGGUUAUUGCGUCAGUAGGUGUUGGCCUGGGGCAGAGUUUCUUAUCUCCCUUCUAUUUUUUGUAUCCAAAACUUGGUUUUGCACCUACUCUCCAACUCCUGUGGUGCAUCCACCAUCCUCUCAGCUGAGCAGGAUGACAAGACCCACUUCAGAGCCUCAGUGGCAUCACUUGUGUGUGACGGGAGACACCACUUUUCCUCCGAAUGCAUUGAGUUGUUGCAACUGCAACACAUCUAGUCAGGAGGGGAAGAGACCAAAACCAAUCAUGACACCUGGGCCUUCUGCAUAGCACUGUCUCUGAGCCAGAGAUCCAUUUUACUCCUUCUAGAACUUCAUAGCAUCAGGAAUUAAAAUGGGCAAAUGCUUAUCUGGUUUAAUUACUCACACCCAAGCGCUGCUCUCCUCUUGUAAGCACUUGUUCUCUGGGGUUUUCCCCAUCCCCCUGGAAUUUUCAUUUUAUUGCCCACUGUUUGUUUCAGAUUUGGACUGUUAAGUCUAGAUGUGACAGGAGCUUGCUCACUUCCUAUGUAUAUGGAGGUAGAGGUUCUACACCUGUCAGUGGCCUACGAAGAGCAAUGUCUUUCAGCUGGCUGGUAUGCUAUUGCGAGUCUCUCACCAACAUGUUUUCCAUUGGACAAGAACCACUGCUUUUUUCAACCCAGUCUGCAGGAUUCCAUUCUGCACUAUGAGUUUGCCAUUACCUACCUGGACCAUUAAAAAGACAAAAUUCAGGGAAUCCUUUUUCUUUACUGCGCUUGAUCCUAAUGAAGAAUCUGCAAUAGGUAAUAUGGGAUGCAAGAGGCAUGAAUCUCAUGUAGUACCGUGUGAAGCCAAGACACUUUAAAUUAGGUGUCUGUUUUAGCACUAGGUUUAUCAUUCUAAUCUCCGUCUAGGUUAGAACUCAGAACAACAAUUUAAUGGCAUUGACUAGCCAGAGCCACAAGCGUUUCAUAGUAAUACAGUGCUGUUGUACUCCAGCUUGGUCAGAAUGUUUCUUGGGCUCAGCUGACUUAACUAUCCCACUGAGGAGAUACGGUGCAAGGCACACGGCUUUCUACGCUCAAGGCAGAGUGCAUAGAAAGCAGUUUUUUUAAAAUGUUCCCUAUUUUAAUCCAUAGCAUUUGCCAGUGGUCUCCCCUAGAAUGCACUAGAGCUUUUUCCAAGCAAUUGCUUGGGGGUGAACCCAUUUUUAUCCAAGAAACUUAGCAUAACUUGCAGCUGCAGUAGCUGAGGGACAGUUUUAAUGUGCUUCUUAAUUUAUCUAGCAGGCUUUCCUGGUAAAUUAUUUCCCCAUAACAAGCAAAAUUCACACCUGUCUUUUUAACUGGCAGUGAAAUCUAGAGAAGUGUUUCUUCUGGAUAAAAAAUGCUCCAUUUUUUUGGCAUGCAAGGGUUAGAUUUUAGCCAGGUUGUGUGCAGGGAUGACCUAGCAUUGCAGUGACUCCUAGAAUUUUCUCUGUCAAAUAGAAAUUUGGUGAGGAGGAAAAUGUGGAAGUUUAGAUCUGUGUAUUCUAAACACACUUGGGAAAUGUGGACUGUGCAGGGUGUGCGUGAGAAUUCUGUUUAAAUUGAGAGAGGAGUCCUCUGCCUCUUACAGCUACUUUCCCACCCACAAAAGACUUGCAUCAAAGCUGAACUUCAGAAAUACCCUUUCAUCUUUUGAAGUGCUUUUAUAUCUCUUAUAAAUCCUUAUGCUGCAAGCUCUGUGCUACUCUGGCUUUGACUAGCUGGGCCAUGUAGGUAACAAAGGACCACAGACAUAACCUGAAAUGAGGAAGAAAUGUUCUUUAGCGUGGACUCAGGUUUCAGUUUCAUUGCUCACAAAUUGCAAAGCUAGGGUUUAUUGAAGUGGGAGUGGGCCUGUUUGUCAAAGGUGAGUUUUGGGUAAAAUUGAAAGCUUGCUAAGAGGUAUACCAGAGGUGCUAGAGUUUGCAAAAAAAGCACUCUCCACUUGCAUAGGGAAUGUAGCUAGUCUUGAAAGCUGCCAGUGUGGGACAGAUCUGGAGUGAUGGGCUGUAUUGGCUCGAGAUUAAGGUGGGCAUUCAUAUUUUUGAGUAAACAUGAAUGAAUUGGAGGUCAUUGCAUGGGAGUGACCUCUGAGCUAUUAAAGGACAAUGCAUUUUUUAAAAAGAGAACAGAGGCAAAGUGGAAUCUGUAUAGGAUAGGUGUAUUGUCAGUGUGGCUUCAGUUCUGUUACACCAUGUGACCAGGGAUUUUAUCUAAUGGAUAUUGAUGUGGGACAGUGGUGACAGCAGCUCGCUGUACCAAUAUUGAUCUGCUGUGUGUUGAAGUAGUGAAUUGAUUAGUCUAGAGAGCAGGCCAAAUGUGCCUCAGCCAAUCAGAGAGCAACUUAUCUGCAGUGGUGCAGGUUUUUAUAAGUGUACUGCACUCUUACGAAUAAGCUGGUUUCAGACUGGUUAAGGGUUUUGGUGUCUUUUUAGUUUUGAUCAGUGAAUAAGUCGGCCAUACAGAAAUCGGAUUGGCUGGCACAGUCUCCAGGUAAUUUUACAGCACUUUCAUUCCAUCAUAAAGUGCAGCAGAUAAUACCCAGUUGGUUUGGGCUUUCACCAGCCAUUACAGGUCUUUCUCCCUUACAGCUAUCAGUCAUAAGACAUUGGAGUAUGACCAAUAAUCAAUCAAUUGACAAAGUGCAUGUGACGCAGGUAUUGUACUAUUCUCUUUGAAUUGUGACGUGUCCAUUGGUGAAAGGUCAGUUCAGUCCCAACUCUGUUUGGAAGGACCUGAUUUAAGGGCGUGAACUCUAGUGCUAGAGUCUAGUUGGUGAGAAGCAAGUUAGGUUGUUUUCAAAGCCAUUCUGUACAAAGCUUGUCAGUCCAUAACACACUUCAGCCCCCUGCAGGGGAAAGGACUUUCCAACCCUGAUUCUACCCAUCAUGCUUGGGGCUGAGCAAGCUGGUAAGAACUUCACCAUGUUUGCCCAGGAUAGGUUGAAGAAAUCUUGCCAUUGCUAAUAGAGGACUUUCUCCCUGCUGACUGCAAUUCCUAGGGCGAGUCUCCAGCAACCGAUAAGCCCUCAGAGAUGAAGGCUAGGUUUUCCUGGAUUUGUCUCAUUCAUCCAUCAGCUAGGUAGAGCCCCUAACUUCCAAGGGUAACGGAGUCUCAGGCCACGCUUUGAAAUGCUGGUCAUGUACAUAUGCUUUAAAGUUUCCACUUCUCUCUCCUCUCCUGUCCUCCUCCACCAAAUGCCGUAGCUCCUAUUACUUUUUCUAGGCUAUUGCACUGCCGAUAUGUUCAUAGUGCUUAAAUGUUAUCUCCUUCUUUCUGGCCCUGAGUGAGGGAACCGCCAGAAAAAUUCCAAAUGACCUCACUGGGACAAAGAAAGUGCAGAUUUGCACUGAGCCAGCAAGGGAGCUAUCCUUACCACGAUUGGGUGUUGAAAACGAAUCUAGGUCUGGGAUCUUUGUGAUGCUGAACAGAAUUCGGAGGUGAUCCACAAAAUAUGGCUGUGUGGAAAAGGUACGUGUUCUCAACCAUCCAGGCCUUCUCUAAUUCAGAGCCGCCAGCAUCGGUGUAUAGGGUUGCUUUGUUUUGUGUUCUUGGCAAUAACAUACUGAAGAAAUGCUCCCUUUUGCUAGCUGGCGGUCAGAUCUUUUGAUGCACCGGGGAGUUCUCUUGCAUAGACUUGUCCAGAGCCCAUUUCAGAGGGAGGAAGAGUUGUCUUGCCCCCAGUCUGAGGUUCACCUGCAAUUGUUCCAGGGUAAAAGGAUCUGGUAGUGACUGAUCACUCCCCGUGAAUGCAGGCUGUGGAAGGCCUAUGUCAGCCUGCUGUUGCUGUUAACAGGCUGAUCAGCCAUACUGGACUGCAGGAAGGUGAAGAGAAUGAAGACUGUCUGAGCUUUGCAGCUGUCGUUGGUGAGAGGAAUCUCUGAAGCUGGAGUUCUUGUCUGACACUUCCAGAUCGACUCUGGCUGGAUUCACAAUCCUUUGUUUUGCAGCAGGUUCCCUUUUUCCAAACUUCCAUCUUGGUUAUUCCCUUUCCCAUUAGACUGUUACCAUCCAGAAGCACAGAGCAGCUCCUGAAACUGUUUGGAACCAGUAUUUCUCCUCGACUCUCUCUGCUUUCGCUGCCCUCUGAAAAGAUGGAUUGAUGUGGGAGCUGAAGUGGGUUCUAGCAUAGAAAGUAAAAUGGCCUUUAAAAAAGGGUGGGGGGGAUUGAAAUAGGGUUGGAAAAAAUCCGCAAUGGCAAUUUCCUGAAUGACUGCUUAGUUCACUGCAGUGUUUGUAGUUAGACCCAGCUUUGAGGUACUGUGGAGUCUCCAGCCCCUCGGAGCAUCCCAUGAGCGGUUCACAGAAGGCUGCACCUGAAAUUCAGACGAGCUUUAGGGUUGAUUCUUCUUCCUCCUUCAGUCUCUUUCCCCUAAAGGCCAAUCCCCUAAUUCUGCCUGGGGUGAGAAUUGGUUACUCGAUUGAUGUGGUUCUUUAAAUAGUUCCCUGGGCAGUGCUUUGGCUGCAGCAGGGCAAAACACCUGAUGAGCUUCGUUUUCUUGAGCUUAUCCUGUCGAGAAAGCCAGGUGUUUGCCAGGGAGUGUGCUCACCCCUCGAAUGCUAACCCUUGGAAGAGAUUAAUUGACUGUGGUGUUGGUGUGUCACCUUUCCAAGCAGUAUGUGUGCUGUACUUACCUUUCGUAAGGAGAGUUUUACAGCUCGUUGUAAAUACACUACUUGGAGAAAGCUUAUGAAAUGGUGGGGAAGAAUGUAUUUUUAUGCAACUUUGAGUGGCCUUUCAAACCCUGAGACGAAUGAUUUGUUUUACUGGUUGUUGUUAUAUAGUAUUAUGUGUUUGAAAGUUUGGGAAUAAUAUUCACAGCUAUAUGAUGCUUGUAAACACAACAGUAUUUAUAAAUGGAUAAAAUAAAACAGUGUUUUAACUUUU